AUGUAUGGUGUUCGGCUAUUCGGAUAUCUUAGUUCACGGUCUUUCACAAAAUGCUCAAACUUAUUGAGUCGAUUCACAAGAGACGGAUUAAGAGAUCGGUUACGUCAUCAGGAAAUCAAAGAGCUAGCGAAGAAUCGAGAGGUUCAGUCAGUUGCAAAACAGGCGUUUGGUCCAGAUGCGAGAUCGGUUAGACCGUUAUCAGAUUUAUGGAAAGCGCUACAGUUCACUAUUGCUACUGGAGCAACAACUAUCACUAUAGCAUCGAUAGUAGAAAUUUGGCGACGAAGAAAAGAAGAAGAAGAAUUAUUGCCAAGGAAUGUGUUUGAAGCGGUUGAAGCAGGCACUGAAUACAAACUGACGACUGGCGAGAAGCAUUUGGCAGUAUUGGUUGGAUUGAAUAUAGUGGUGUAUCUUCUUUGGAAAGGAAAAUCAUUGAAACCCUUCAUGACAAGAUACUUCACAAACAGUUAUGCAUCAAAGUCUUUGUGUUCACCUAUGCUACUCAGCGCAUUUUCACAUUCAUCGAUUAUCCAUCUUGGCCUCAACAUGUAUGUUAUGUCAACCUUCGCACCUCACAUCAUCGAGAAGUUCAUGGGUCCAGAACAGUUCUGGUCUUUUUAUAUCACAGCAGCUGUCGUCUCAUCUUUCGUCAGUCUUCUUGAUAAAGCUGUAAUGCGAUCUGGAAUACGAGCUCUUGGAGCAAGUGGAGCCAUUUUAGCUGUGCUCACAUACACAUGUAUGCAAAUUCCAGACGCUCGGCUCUCUCUAAUAUUUGUUCCAAACUUUGAUUUUUCCGCUAAACACGCUGUUUAUGGAAUCAUUGCUUUUGAUCUUCUUGGGCUUCUUUUGAGGUUCCGCUUGUUUGAUCAUGCCGCACAUCUUGGUGGAUCUUUGUUCGGUGUUGGAUAUGCUUUGUUCCUUCAAGAAGCACUUUGGGAUAAAUAUGGAAUGUGGAUAGAACAAUUAUUAUUCUCUGACGACCGAGAUUAG